CAAUAUCGUCAGGAAGUAAAUCAUAGAUACUUUAGAUAUAUGUUUAAUAGAAUUAUCGUAUAAAAGUAUGUUAGUAUCGUGUCCGUAUGACUUAUUCAUUGAUGUGAAUUUCCUUUCCUUCUCCAGUUCCUCAUUGCAGUUGGCGCGAGAAAACCAAACAGCUGAGCGAUGGGGAAGUUGAAGGCAAAAAUAUCUCCAGAUAAGAAUCAGAAGAAAAUCUCCUCCUUCUUUUCUGCCCCGAGUCUCUUUACGACAGUGCAGCAUGGCUCCUCAAGUGCAGGCGCCAGAAGUAAACUGAGUGGUAUUGGUAGCAAUAAAGAAAAGGACAAGUUACUCACCACUAAAAGCAAUGGGGCAACAACAGUUCUCCAGAAGAAAUCAGCUUUCGGGAAUGGUGCUUGUUCGUCAGGCUUUGGCAAGGGAAAGAAAACAGAUCUGGCGGAGGAAAUUUCUGAUUCAAGUGAGGUGUGGAGUGAUUCGGACCCUGAAGUGAUAGAGUCUACCCCAGAGAUAAAGAAAAGUAGUGCAGGUCUCCUUAAGUCUUCAAAAAUAAGCGCAAGUCCAGAUUUCAUUCCAUCAACUCCCCAGCUAAACAUUACGAAGUUGUCUGAUACAAAAUCUUUUUGUUCUGGGCUAUCAGGAAAGUUAUCAUCCAUAGUGAGCAGCUCUUCACACACAGCCACAAAGUCUUCCACAUUGUCAGUCUCAAAUGUAAUGCGGCCAACCAGUUUAGCUAUGAAGAACAAGUCGAAGUUGAGUAGAUUAUCAAGAAAGAUUCAUGAAAUGAAGAGUAAUUCUGUAAACAAAAGUGAACAACAAAUCCUAAAGGACAGUCAUUUCUUAUCAGACCAAAUCGCUGGUAAACUGAAGAGACCAGCAGCAACUGGUAUGGGCAUAUCACCGGAUCCCAAGAGAACGAAUGUACCUGAUAUUGUCAUUCCAGAAGAAAAAGAAGAUUGCAAGUCCAAUCUUCUUUCCAAGUUUGAAGACCAAAACUCCUAUACAAGUGAUGCAGAGAGUGAUGGAAGUGUCAGUAUUCUAUUGCCAGAUUGCAAGAAAGAAAAUAAAGAGAAUAUCUUGAAUAAAGGAGAGUCUUCAAAUGGUGAUGAUGUUUUAAGAAGUAAAAUGAAUAAUGGUGACUUAAAUUCUUUCAUAAAGGAAGACAGUUGUAAAUCACCAGUAAAAAGUGAGAAAACAAAUAGCAUUAAAGCUGCCAGUGAUUCAGAUGUUCUUGACCAUAAAGACAUAUCAGAGGUCCUUGAAGCUUCUCAAGGUUUUAUGGCUGACAUUGCAUUUGAUGAUGUAGAACCCAAAAAACAAGAGCCAUCAGUGAUACCUGAAACACAAGAGGAUUCUAUGGACCACUUAUUUGAUGAUGAUUUAGCUGUAGAUUUUGAGAAGAUGUCACCUUUCAAGCAGGAGGUUCAACAAGUGCCACCAGUUGAAAAUAAAGCAAUAAAGAAGCUGUUGUUUGAGGGUUUGGGUGAGGAGUCAUUUUCAAUGAAAGGGGGCUUUGGUCGCCAUGUUGUGAGUGCUGUUGAGCGCAACACUUAUAAAGGGGAGGUAUUACUAAGGCUUAUAUCAGUACAGGAUAAGAGCAACAAGACCUGCACUCUUGGUGGAUUCUGGUCACAGAGUAUGGUUUCAGAAGGAGACAUUGUUCACAUUUUAUAUACAGAGGCUUCAGAGGAUGGACACUUCACAGUAAACAAUACUCAGGGUCUCAUUGUGAUCAACCCAGACUUCCUUAUCUCUGGAACUUCUGUUGUGUCUGGUGUCUUCUGUCGCCGAAAAGCAGUUUUGAAUGAACGUUUCAGAGGUCUAGAUCCGGGUAACCAGCUGAUGCUUAUUGGUUCUCUUGUUCAUGAGCUCUUUCAAGAGGUGGUGAAGAAGAAGAUCAAGUCUCGGGAGCAGUUGGAGCAUCUAGUAAGAGAACUAAUGUCACAGCCAAAGAUGCUGCAGGAAAUGUAUGGACUCGGAGUAUCGGAGGCGCACAUAUAUGAGGAAAUGAAUAACUUCAUCCCUCACAUUAACACUUGGUCUCAGAGAUACCGCAACGGAAAAUUACAAGACAAGGUUGAAUUAAAAGGUCAAUCAAAAAGGCAGUGGGCUGGCCAGAUAACAGAGAUUCAAGAUAUUGAAGAAAAUGUUUGGUCUCCAAAGUUUGGUGUGAAAGGCAAAAUUGACAUGACGGUCAAGACUAAUCAAAGAGGAAUUACAAAGGUUGUCCCACUUGAGUUAAAAACUGGUCGAUCAAGCUUCUCCGCGGAGCACAAAGGGCAGGUAACACUCUACAGCAUGAUGAGUGCAGACAGGAGGCACGACCCAAGAGCUGGACUGCUUCUCUAUCUCAGAGAUGGAGCAAUGGAGGAAGUGCCAGCUGGGGAGAGAGAAAAGCGAGGUCUCAUUCAGCUCCGUAAUGAGAUGAUUUAUUACCUCACAGCCAAACCUAUGAAGCAGGAAGACGGAGAACUCAAGCUACCUUCCCUACCAGAGCCAAUAGACUCAGAGAGAGCAUGUACUAAAUGUGCCCAUUUGCUAACAUGUUCAGUUUACCAGAAGAGUAUUGAAGAAAUUGUCCCAGAGCCUCCUCAUUCCAUGAGUGUCCUUGUACCAAAGACUACGUCUCAUCUCUCUCAGGCUCAUUUAGAUUACUUCAGGCAUUGGUGUUUACUCUUACACCUAGAAAUUGCUGAAGGGAAACGAGACUCAGCUAUCAGAGCACUCUGGUGCCAGGACCCCAAAAGGAGAGAGGAUGGUGGAGACUGUCUAUCAAUGUUAAUAUUAGAGCGUGGUGUUCCAGUGAACGAACCAGAGCCUGGAAUUUUUCUCCAUUCCUUUGUCCGUUCUCCUAAGUAUUCUACUAUGCCAAGCUUAUCAGCUGUUGGAUUGCAGGCUAGUGAUAAUAUAGUUGUGUCAUCGGAAACUGAAAUUGCUCUCAGUCUGGGAGUUAUAAAGGUUGUACAUGAACAGUCGGUGCAAGUUGUGUUAGAUAGGGAUCUGACAGCUUACCCUACAUGGAGGGAGAAGUUAUUCUGUGUGGACAGAUGUGAAUACCAAAAUACCAUGAGCAUCAACUUUACCAACUUGGCCAGAUUAUUGUCUGACACUCCUCAAGCAGCAAUCCUCAGAGAAUUGAUUGUGGAUAGAAAACUGCCAACAUUCAAGAAAGGGUUGGGUGAAGAUGUGGUGAAGAAAGGCAAGAAGAUCCUUCAGAUGCUGAACAAGACCCAACAGCGAGCAGUGUUGAAGACCCUCAUGGCGGAAGACUACAGUCUGCUCAAGGGCUUCCCAGGAACGGGCAAGACCUCUACAAUUGUUCGACUGGUCCAGCUUAUGGUGACUUUAGGUUACUCUAUCCUUCUCACCAGUUAUACGCAUUCAGCUGUUGAUAACAUUCUUCUGAAACUGAAAGAUUUAGAAGUAGAUUUUCUCCGUCUUGGGAGAAUUGCACGUAUUCAUUCUGACAUACUGACACAUGCAGAUGAAACAUUGGCUAGAAAAUUCAAAGAUGUUGCCUCACUCUCCCAGUUUUACUUUUCAAAGAAGGUAAUUGCUACUACCUGUCUAGGACUCAAUCAUGUGAUUUUCACCAAGAGGACCUUUGAUUUCUGCGUAAUUGAUGAAGCAUGUCAGGUGCUGCAAGUUGCUGCCCUCGGACCACUAUUUCAUGCUAAGCGUUUUGUUUUAGUUGGUGACCCCAAGCAGUUACCUGCAGUUGUGCAGAGUAAACAAGCAAGAAAUCUUGGCAUGUCUGAGUCAUUGUUCAAGCUGUUAGACAGUCAAGGGGCAACAUCAAGCCUAACAGACCAGUACAGGAUGAAUGGUCCAAUAAUGAGGAUCCCAAACGGCCUCAUGUAUGAUGGCCAGCUCAAGUGCGCUAGUGAGGAGUUGGCAGUUGCAACUGUACACCUUCCCCAUUAUGAG